GGGUAGCCUGUGUGACCACAGCAGUGCAGUGAUCCACAGCGGUCCACACAGGUUGUUCGUCCACAAAUGGGCCAUAGUUAGCCUGCAUCUACCCCCUCUUCUACUGCAAGCCAUCCGCACCAGGUGCAAGCAUCACCACCCACUCUGAAGGUUAUUUUCCACUUAAAGUCGGAGAAAAUGGCAUCAAUUCCAUCAAGUGGUUCUCUCGUCGCCACACAUGACUACUAUAGAAGACGUCUCGGGUCCAACUCCAGCAGCAGCUCUUGUGGGAGCGCCGAGUACACUGGGGAGGUUAUUCCACACCAUCCAGCACUUCCGAGGCAAGACUCCGGUCACUGGUGGACUUCGUUCUUCUUCGUAAAGCAGAACCAGCUCGCUUUGCAAAAUGGAUCUGAAAAUCAAAAGAACGGUUACACCUUAGCCAACGGACAGGUGACCUGCAUCGCCAAGGAAAUGGUUCGGACCAGACAACUCAGCGAAAGCAGCGACGGUGGAAAACAUGAACCUAUGUCCCUCCCACCAACUUCCUCCUAGUCCUCAACCCUCCUCUUCCUCCUCCUCUGCACCUUCCUCACCAUCCACUUGCCACCUCUCACAUAGUCCAGCAAUGGAGAUGUAACGAUGGUGGUUGUGUUGAUGGGGUUUCCUCACCCUGUCCUUUUUGCCUGUAUAUAGUAUCUUUAUAUAUUGACCAAAAGUUAUAAAAAAGCUCGUAUGUAAAAACAUUUUUUAUGCAUAUGUUGUAACAAAUUACAACUGACAAUAAAACUAUAUUCUAAUCACC